CAGAGGCCGAACCAUAGCAGAUCCAGCCACAUAUAAAACAGGUACUGUACAUUCUACCAAAUUCUCACGAGUAAAAGACGCAGCCACCACAACCUUAGCUCACAUUAUCCCCAUCAUAAUCUUCUUCUCUCACCAACUCCGAGCUGUGACAAUACAGCCAUGGCAGCCCACGCCAUUUUCACCACAACCCCAUCUCACCACACUCUCCUUUUUUCUUCCUCAACUAACCCUUCAAACCCACCGGUUCUUCUCUCCUCAUUUCGUGGCCUCUCUCUCAAGCUUCCCCGUCAGUCGCUCUCCAUUUCUGCCUCUAUCCCCAAGAAGCCGUUUUCGGUGCUUGCUGUCACAAAGAAAGCAGUCGCUGUUCUCAAAGGUGAUUCAAAAGUUGAAGGCGUUGUCACGUUGACCCAGGAAGAUGAUGGCCCUACAACCGUGAAUGUUCGUAUUACCGGUCUUACUCCAGGGCCUCAUGGGUUCCAUCUACAUGAAUAUGGUGACACAACAAAUGGAUGCAUGUCAACAGGAGCACAUUUCAACCCAAACAACAUGACACAUGGUGCUCCUGAGGAUGAAGUACGGCAUGCGGGUGACCUGGGAAACAUAACUGCUAAUUCUGAUGGAGUGGCAGAGGCAACGAUUGUGGACAAUCAGAUACCUCUAAGUGGCCCCAAUGCAGUCGUUGGAAGAGCACUUGUGGUACAUGAGCUUGAGGAUGAUCUUGGAAAGGGUGGACAUGAACUUAGUCUAACCACUGGCAAUGCUGGUGGAAGAUUGGCAUGCGGAGUUGUUGGCUUGACCCCGAUGUAAAUCUUUUCAAAUGAUACCGUUGGUUGGCUCUUUAUACGAGACAAGUGCAGACCUUUAUUAUCUUUGUGUAUCAUGAUUCCCUAUGCAAUACAAAAUAACUUGCUUGUGUUUUGGUUUGUGAACCUGUA